AUGACAGAAGAAAAUGUAACCAGCUCCUGGAAUGGAUUUAUCUUUGUUGGUUUCCCAAAUAUCCUGGGAUCUCAAAGUGGACUGUUUGUGAUAUUUCUUAGUAUAUACAUCAUGACUCUUUUUGGUAAUUUGACCAUUAUCUUUAUGACUACUUUUGAAUUCCAACUUCAAACACCCAUGUAUUUUUUAUUGGGUCAGCUUUCCUUAUUGGACCUUUGCUACAUUACUGUGACAGUUCCCAAAAUGCUCUCAAAUUUUCUAAACGUAAAGAAAACUAUAUCCCUGGGAGGUUGUAUAACUCAGCUCUUGUUCUUUAUUUCCAUGGAAGGGACUGAAGCUUUUCUUUUAACUGCUAUGGCUUAUGAUCGCUAUGUAGCCAUAUGCUUUCCUCUACGCUAUACAUCGAUCAUGAAUAGAUGCUGGCUAUUAGUGGCUGUUGCAUGGGUAAUUGGAUUUUGUAACUCUUUAGUGCACACAACUCUAACCUUUAGCCUCCCAUUCUGCGGUUCCCAUAAACUCAACCAUUAUUUUUGUGACAUUCCGCCUCUACUACAAAUCUCAUGUAAGGAAACGCAGCUCAAUGAAUUAGUUCUUGUCAUUGUUGGAGGAAUAUGUAUAGGUUUUAGUUCUUUUAUUUGUAUUCUUGUUUCAUACACAUUAAUUAUUUUUACCAUCCUUAGAAUAACAUCUGCAAAUGGGAAACUGAAAGUCUUUUCCACCUGUGGACCCCACCUUAUUGUUGUUGCAUUGUUUUAUGGAACAGCUAUUUUUACAUACAUAAGACCUUCUUCAGCAUAUUCUUUACAAAGAGAUAGUUUUGUCUCUGUUAUGUAUAGUGUUGUCCCACCCAUGCUAAACCCUAUAGUAUACAGCUUAAGAAACAAAGAAAUCAAGAGAAUAGUUGGUAAACGACUAUGUGGAAGGGAGGAAAUACUAUGA